AUGGCAUCCAGCGAAGAAGUGUUCGAAAAUGAUGAGAACCUUCAGCCCACUGCUCCGAACGUGCAGGAUAGGCCCAGCGACAGCGAUCGGGCCAGAUUUGGCUUUAAGCUGCGACCAGCGCAGACCAAAACAGUUCAGGCCAUAAGAAAAGACGCUCCAACCUCCUGCGGCAUCGAUCUGCAGAAAGUCUUGAGGGAUACCUUGGGAGAUCCAGAUUGCAUCCUUCCUGUUUUGAAACUGAAGCCCACUGCUGGCAAGUACGACUUCAAGGACAAAAUUGCAGAUCUCCAGGCGAUGAUCUGCCCCCUGAAGAAUGCGCUAUCAGACCAACGGUUAAAAGCCAAAGCUUUGGCGGAGGCGCUGGCAGCUGCUGAGCAAGACGUGAAUGCAAGGUUGUGUUCCUCCAAACUCGAGCUCAAGGAGGCAGCAGCACAGCUGGCCUCAGUGCAGAAAGAGGCCGCAGGCCGAGAAGCACUCCUCGCAAAGCAGUUGUCCGAAGAGUCCAGCCGAGUGUUUCGUCUUGGGCAAGACCUGGAAAAAGCAAGGGCAACGGCAUCUGCUCACGCAGAAGAUGCUGCGGCUGCACGCCGCAGAUGCGAGGACAUGUCGGACAGGCAUCGCCGACAGAUGGAAGAGGUAGCAACCACGCUGCGUCGUCAGGUCGACGAGACGAUGCAGGCCAAGGAACAGCUCGUCGAAGCUCACAGAAAGAAGGAAGCGGCUCUCUUGGCCGACUACAACAAAGCCAAAGACGCUUUGCAACACGAGCACCAGCACCGCCUUAACGAGUUGGAAGAGGCACUGCAAUCAAAGGACUCCGAGGCAGGAAAGGCAAUAAAGCAGCUGGAAGAAGUCAUCCAAGCGAAAGAUGCCCAACUAAACGGGCAGGAGCAACGGGUGAAGGAUUGCUUGGCAGAUGCCAAAGCUGAACACGCGGCAGAAAUCGCGGAAAUGCAGAAAAUCCAGACGGAGAAGGAGGAUGAGUCGCACAAGGCUAUUGAAAGCCUGAAGGAAGCACACCGGUCGGCGCUCGACCAACGCGAAGCAACCUUCGAGAGCAAGGAGGCCAAACUCAACGAGCUCAUUGAACACCUCACUGCGGCACACCAACUGCAGAUGUCCGAAAAGGAGCAGGAGUACAAACUCAAGGAAGAUGCAGCAGAAGCAGCGCUUUGUGCAUUGAAGCGAGAGCUGGCUGAUAAGGAGCAUCACGCAAGACAAAGCCUUCAGGCAUUGAAGACAAGCCACGAAGACAGCGAGAGGUCUUUUCGGAAGCAGGAGAAGCAGAUGAAGGAGGCCUUAUGUGAAGCCAAGACAAAGCACCAAGCUUUGAUAGAAGAGAAGGAGAGUUCCUUCAGACAAGCCACGGACGUGCUGCAACAGCAGCUAAGCUCUAAGGAGACAACCCUGCACGAGACCUUGCAAUCACUUCAGUUUCUUCGUGACAGCACGAGCGAACAACUUCAAUGGGAGCGACAUCGCACGGAGUCAGAGUUGGCGCUGAUGAGGGACCAGCUGCAAGAGCUGCGGAAGAUGCUGCAGCAUGCUGAGACAGAAAGAGAUCUCCAGACCGAGCGCGCUUCUGAGCACCAAGCUGCACUUCAGGAAGAAAUUGCACAAUCGAAGAUCAAAGUCAGCACGCUCCGAGAGGACUUGGCAAGUCUGAGAGCUGUGGCCAGCGCCAAAGACAUGGAGUGUGAGAAGCUUCAUCAAGAACGUGAUGCGCUGCAGGUGGAGUUCCGGAGCUACAAGGAGCAUCAUGGGACCAGCAACCAGCAGCAGAUGGAGGCAAUUACUGAACUGAGGCUCACAGUGGACAAACUUAGCAAACAAGUGGAAUGCACAAAAGCGGAGCUCCACAACCAACAGGGCAGCCUGUCGCGUCAUCAAGGUUACAUCCAGUCUUUGGAGAGUCAGCUGGCCUGUGCCGAGUGCACACGCCGAGAGCUGCACAACGUCAUUCAGGAGCUGAAGGGAAACAUCCGAGUCUUUUGUCGCGUGCGGCCACAAGUCGGAAAUCAGCAAGCUGCAGCGCAACACUUGCAGAUUGCAGAGAACAAGCUCAACUUGGACUACAUGAACGAGCUUCACGGCUUCAGCUUCGACCGCAUCUUCUCCGAGAGCUCUUCCCAGGAGGCUAUCUUCGAGGAAGUCAGCGGCCUUGUCCAGUCUGCACUGGACGGGUUCAAGGUUUCGAUUUUCGCGUACGGCCAAACAGGUUCUGGAAAAACCUACACAAUGCAGGGUUCCUCCGCGCCUGGUGCACUUGGUCUUAUUCCGCGAUCAGUGCAGCAGAUUCUGCGGGCAUCUGAAGCCAUGAAGGCCUCAGGCUGGGCAUGGACUCUUAAAGUUUCUUUCCUGGAAGUCUACAACGAGGUGCUCCGCGACUUGUUGGGCAGCGAUGGAAGCCAACUGGUUCAUGUCAUCAAACACGACGACGCCUGGGGCACUUGCGUGACCAAUCUGACACUGAUGGAGGUCUCUCACAUGGAGCAGAUCAGCAAACUUAUGGAGACGGCAGCCAGGGCUCGAUCCGUUGGUGCAACUGACAUGAACGCAUCAUCCUCCCGCUCGCAUUCGAUAUUCGCUUUGUACCUCCACGGUGUCAACCGAGAGCAGCAUUCUGAAUUGCAUGGAGCACUGCACUUGGUAGAUCUCGCGGGAUCUGAGCGGCUCGACAAGUCAGGCUCGACUGGCGACAGGCUCAAAGAGACCCAGAACAUCAACAGGAGCUUGUCAAGCUUGGCAGAUGUGUUUCUUGCCAAAGCCGAAGGGCGAUCCCACAUUCCCUUCCGCAACUCGAAGCUGACACAUCUGAUGGAGCCCUGCUUGAACGGUCAGGGCAAGACUUUGAUGCUGGUUACGGUCAGCCCCGAAGCGGAUCACUCACACGAGACGCUGUGCUCCUUGCGCUUCGCCUCGCAGGUUCGGCCAGUGUACAACGGGUGGCAAGCCGAAGCGCCACUUGCGAUCGCUGACGAACGGAAGUGCGAGCGUUACGAAACCUGCAUCUUCAAGGUCGGGCGCAAGAAAGUGGAUUAUUUCCGUGGGAAAGACUUCAAGAAGUUCCUGCUGGAAAGUGAAGGGAUCUUGACAAAGAAGUGCCCCAAAGCGCUGGAAGAAGCUUUGGACGGCCAGGUUCCGCAGACUGAUCAGGAUGUAGUUCGGCUGGGCCAAGAGCUGAUUGACCGAAAAUUCUGCUACAAGGCCAUGUACAAGCCCCUUAACCCGACGUCCAAGUCUGAUGAUGGCGCGGAGAAGAAGCCCAAGAAGUGGCCUGACAGAUUGGGCCGGACGCCCAACCAGACCUUCGACUCUGAAGGGUUUUACGUCAUCACAUACGAGGGCGGCAGCGGUCUGCAGCACUUUUUGCUGGGAUUGAUCAUUGCUGGAGUCCUCCUCGCGUGCAUGUUUCCUGUCUGGCCAAUGUGGGCCAAGGUGGGUGUGUGGUACUUGAGCGUGAUAUUUCUUACGUUGUACUUCGGCGUCCUCAUCCUGCGCAUGCUGAUCUUCACCAUGUUCUGGAUAGUUGGCUUUGAUUUCUGGAUUUUCCCAAACCUGAACGAUGAGUACUGCGGAUUCCUGGACUCUUUCCAGCCUCUGUAUUCCUGGGAGAAACGAAAGGAUGACGCCUUGAUGCUUCUAGUUCGCUUCGGUAGCUUGGGCAUUGCUGCCGUGGCGAUCCAGCAAAUUGCAGAAACAACAUCUUUUGAGGAUGUGCAGGACCUGGUCACAAGCUCCUAUGCCGAUGUGCUGGCAUGGGGUGUAGACAAGCUCACCGCCCUGCCAGGCUCCGAAAAGCAGGCGUUGCCCAGUGUGGAGGAGCUGCAGAAGGAAAAGGACAUGGAAGAGAAUGAGACGAAUGUCACCGCUGACCUUGCCGAUGAAGAUGAUGACAAAGACGAAGAUGCGACACAGGGGAGUGAAGCACCACCGGAGCAAGUCCAGGCAGAAGAGGCUGCUAAAGAGGAGGUCCAGGAUGACAGCUCUUAG